AUGGGUAUAACAAAAGACUAUCUUCGAUAUGUCCACAGCGGAAGCUGUGGAUGUGUUGGAUCAGCAAAUGGCGAAAUCUGUGCAAUAGAUGCAACCACUUGUGCUGUGACUGCUUGCGAAAAUGUCAGCUUCUACAACAUGAGAACGAACGAGAAGGUGCAUGAGUUAUCGGAAUCUACGAAGGAAGCUACAUGUAUGCAACUCAGUGCGGACAAGAGGUGGCAAGCUGUGGGGUAUGCUGAUGGUGUUAUCCGAUUGUUCGAUAGAAAAGCAGCUGAACAAAGCUGCGUUAUAUUCUCCGGUCAUAAGAAAGCAGUCAGUUCCUUGGCAUUCAGUGAUGAUGGACUUACUUUGGCUUCUGGAGGCAAGGAUUGUGCGGUGAUUCUGUGGGACAUUGUCUCGGAAAGUGGGCUGUUCCGUCUCAGCGGCCACAAAGGGCCCGUCACUCGUCUUGCUUUUGCACGUGACGACCAAUUUCUAAUUUCAUCAUCAAAAGACUGUCUUGUCAAGUUUUGGAGCUUAAGAAGUCAAAGCUGUUUCUAUACAAUUUUCGACAGUAGUUCCGAGAUAUACUACUUCAGUCUUCUUUGGAACAGCACAAUAAUGGUGGUUGCUACCGCCGAGGCAGAGCUUCUUGUGUACGAACUAAUCUGGUUGGAGGACGGCAAGAUCGCACUUUUGGAAAAGGCGUUCGGGCUGAUGUCCAACAAUACUGUACUCCUUCUGAAGAUAACCUGCGAUUUGAACUCAAACACCGUGGUCUUCGACUGUGUGUCAACCUUGGAUCAGUAUGGCCAUCGUAGUGACAUUCGUGGCUUAUCAGUGUCGUCAUCCAACAACGCGAUAGUUUCUGGAGGUGGCAAUGAGCUGAUGAUAUGGAACACACAUUCGCUUCGACCCGUUGCUUCUCUUCAAAAUGAGGCCAUGCUGGACGUGACGGCAGUCGUUUUCACCCAAGGAGAUGGGCAUGUGGUGGCAGCAACAAAGACAGGCGAACUAUUUCUGUGGGAUGUGGCAGGAUGUGAAUUGCUGGAAUCUCGCAAAGGACAUGAGGGUACAAUUUGGAGAGUCAUGCACUCUCCGGAUGGCAAGCAAUUGUUAUCUGUGUCAUCUGACAAACGUGCGAAAUUCUGGGCUUACGAGGUUGUUGCUGAAGGAACUCGCAAGCGUUUAACGCUCCGUGAAAGUCGAAUCCUCGAAGUUCCAGAUGAGGCUCUCUGCUGUGCGUUUUCACCUGAUGGCAAGUUUGUUAUUAUUGGCUUGUUGGACAACACAGCAGCCGUAUACUUCUUUGACACGCUGAAGUUCUUCAUUUCAUUAUACGGCCAUUCGUUACCGGUGACUUGUGUCACUGUGAGCCCUGACAGCAAGUUAGUCGUAACAGGUUCUGCCGACAAGUCAAUAAAGAUCUGGGGACUGGACUUUGGAGAUUGUCACAAGUCUUUCCACGCUCAUGACGAUGUUGUCUCGGCGGUAAUGUUUUCUCCAUCUGACGAGAUGUUGGUCUGGUCUGCAGGGCGAGAUGGAAAGAUUAAGCAGUGGGAUGCUCAGAAGAUGUGUCAAGUACAGGUUUUGGAUCGGCACUCGGCUGAAGUUCGAGCGCUGGCUCAGUCAGAUUCCGGAAACUUGUUGUUCUCUGCUUCGCAUGAUAGAUCUCUGCGCUGUUGGGAGCUGACAGAAGAAUUAAUCGUGGUCGAAGAGGAGGAAGAGAUGGAGAGAGAAAAAGUCUACGAAGCCCGUCUUAUUGAUGAGGAGGACGUGGUUUCCGGCGAAGCGGUUGAUGCCGAAGCGGGUCUUGCCACGGUUAAAAAUAGCCAAAGUAUUGUUUCGGCAGAAAACAUUAUCGAGGCUGUUGAUAUCGUGAGAAAUGAGAAGGUGCAGCUCAGGGAGAACGUGGAGCACAAGCCUCAUCCAUUAUUUGCCGCCUAUAAUAGCAAGUCAUAUGAUCACUUUAUUGUUGAUGUUAUUGCGAGAUGUCGUCCGAGCAAUCUCGAGCGAUCUUUACUAAUGGUUCCACUCAGUUACGUAUCGGAUAUUCUUUCUGCUCUAUCGGAAUGCGUUCAGAAACGUUAUAAAGUGGAGUUUGCUGUCAGGAUUGCCAUAUUUCUGAUAAGGAUUCAUCAAAACUACAUAAUUAACUCGGCCGAAAUGCUUCCUGUGCUUGAGAAGAUUUCAACCGAAAUGCCUAAAGGAAUAGCGGACGUUCGAGAUAUAACUGGUUUUAAUUUGGCUGCUCUCGAGCUGCUUCAAUUAGAAUUAGAGGAAGCACAGAAUGUGAAGUUAUUCGCGGAUGUUUCUGAGGUCGCAAACAAACAAAAAAAGAAAAAUAAGGCAAGGAAAGCAGUUAUUAAGACGUGA